CAGGUGGUGCUUAUUUCGGGCGCGCAGGCGGAAUAAGAGGGGUCUUCACCGGGAGAUGGAAACCGCUAAGCCAAAGCCGUUCAAGGCGGAAUAUGCAAAAUCUGGGCGAGCAGCUUGCAAGAAAUGCAAGGAUCCGAUCGCUAAGGAUGCAUUGCGGAUCGCUCGUGUUGUCGAAGCGAAGCAGUUCGACGGAUACAUGACGCUAUGGUAUCAUGCCUCAUGUGUUCUGAGCAACCCUGGCUUCUUCAACUCUGUGGAUGACAUCGAGGGUGCAGACCUUUUGAGAUGGGAAGAUCAGCAGCGAUUGAAGAAGUAUGCGGACGGGGAAACCCUAGGUGGCGGCGGCAAGGGCGAUCCAGCAGGAAAGGGGAAAGCUGCGGGCCGGACUGCCAAGGGAGAAGGAUUUGCCGGUGCGCAUGAUGAAGACGUUAAUGAUUAUUCCAUUGAAUAUGCCAAAAGCUCAAGAUCGACUUGCAAGGCCUGCGAGGAGAAGAUCCUCAAAGGAGAGGUGCGUAUUUCGAAACUGGCGGAAUCUGAGAGUGCGCAAUUCAGGGGGAAGGUACCUGCAUGGCGGCAUGCGCCAUGCUUCUUCAAGAUGGAUCUGUGGAGUGGUUCCGCAGAAUUGCUCCCGGGUUUUCAGUUUUUGUCAAAAGAGGAUCAGGUGUGGGUUAUAGAAGCAAAGAAAGCGGCCGAGAAGGGCGUCAUGCUGGAGAAGCGAGUACCAGCUGAAGGUGGCAAGGAGAAGGCGAGUGCGGAGGCGGAGAAAGGAUCAGCUGCCAAGAAGAGGGGACGGGCAACGAAGGCUGAAGUUCUUGAUGAUGAUGCGGAGAAUGCCACGAAGGGGAGGGGGAAGCGUGCGGAAGCGCAACCGGCCAAGAAGACAUCAAAAGUGAUCGAUGAUGAUGAGGAAGACGAUGAUGACAAGCCGAUUGCUAAGGUUCAAGCAAGCAAGCGGCCACGAACAGGUAAGAAUGCGCCGGAGGAGGCCGGAACGGUAGAGGAGGAGAAACCUAGGGCAAGGAAGGGCAGGAGUGCUGCGGCGGAAGACAUUGACAAUUCGGAUGAUAAAAGGACUAAGACCAUGGUGUCUGCUGCUAAAAGGAAAGUGGUAAAAGAGGAUGUAGAAGACCAGCAAAAAGCCUCCGCAGCGGAGCGAAAGGGAAAGAAAGCCAAGGAUGUCAAGUCUGAGGAGAAGAAACCACAGAAGAGUGCUUCGGAUAUCCAGUUUGAAAAAGACAUGGAGAAACAGACAAAGGCAUUGUGGGAGAUCAAGGAUGCACUGCGCAAGCAUGUAACAGUUAAAGAGAUGAGAGAAAUGCUAACGGCAAAUGGCCUCGACUCAUCGGGGCCGGAGACAGAGCUUCGCGAACGAUGCGCUGAUGGCAUGAUGUUUGGGCCUUUAGGCAAAUGCCCCAUGUGCAGCACACCCAGCUUAGAGUACGCGGAAGGACAGUACCGUUGCCGAGGUUUUCUCUCCGCAUGGUCCAAGUGUACGUUUGGCACGUGGGACUCUAUCCGAACAGACGCAAGCUGGGAACUUCCAGAUGAUACAGACAAUGAUUACCUCUUACUGUGGCAGAAGAAAAAUAAGAAGGUAAAGCCACCUAUCCGUCUUCUACCUCGUCAAGCUUCUCCUGCGGUGAGGCAAGCAAGUAGUCAAGCUCUGGUGGUUAAGGCGGAGACGCAGCAGAUUCCUGAAGGAACCGAGAGCGACAAACCUUUACAAGGCCUAGUGAUUGCCUUUGCCGGAAAGCUGAAGCGGUCACAGGUACAAUGGAAGGACUCAGUCACUGCAGCAGGAGGCAAGCUGGUCACUGGAAUUACCUCAGCGACAAACUGCAUCAUUACAACAGACGCAGAAGUAGAGAGGGAGAAUGCUAAACUUCUGGAAGCCAAAAGCAACAAGAUCCCGAUUGUCAGAGAGUCAUUUUUGGAGGACUGCAUUGAGAAGAAAAUGCGGAUGCGCAUGGCUGAAUAUAGUCUUGCUGAUGGAAUUAAGGGUCAUGAAAUUGCGACUGUGAAGGUGAAAGGCAGAGCUGCAGUUCACGAGGACUCAGGCCUUCAGGACGAAGGGCACAUUCUCGAGGUUGGAGAUGCGCUGUACAAUACCACACUGAGCUUGUCCGACAUGACCACGGGCAUCAAUAGCUACUAUAUUAUGCAAGUCAUCGAGGCAGAUAAAGGCAAGAACUGCUGGGUAUUCAGGAAAUGGGGCAGGGUAGGGGAUGCAAAGAGAGGAAGCCAGAAGAUCGAAGGGAUGCCAAAGGCUAGGGCUAUCGAAGAAUUUGAGGCGCUAUUUGAAGAGAAAACAGGAAGCAGAUGGGCUGCUUGGCGCAACAAUUCGGGAGAUUUCCAAAAGUUCCCCGGGAAGUUCUAUCCAAUUGAAAUUGAUUAUGGAGUUGAUGACAAAUCAAAAUUGCGACGCCAUAAAGAAAUUGGAGCCAGCAGCAAGCUUGACCCGCGUGUCAUCAGUCUCUUGCAGAUGCUGUUUGACAUUGAAACUUACAAGGCUGCUAUGCUGGAAUUUGAGAUUAAUGUUUCAGAGAUGCCACUCGGCAAACUCUCAAGACGGCACAUUGAGCGAGGUUUUGCGGUGCUUCAAGAGGUGCAGAACUUGCUUCAGAUGCGGUUUGAUGAGCAAACUGCGCCGCGACGAGAUGGGAUGCUUGUUGACGCUUCAAAUCGAUUUUAUACCCUAAUCCCCGCCGUCAAGCCAGCUCCAAUCAGCACAGAAGAAGCCUUGAAGGGCAAGAUCAUGAUGCUGGAGGCGCUGCGGGAUAUCGAAAUUGCGGCGAAGCUCAUCUCCGAGGAGGGUGACGAAGGUGAAGAUGCCCUGGACACAAAUUACAAGAAACUCAAGUGCCCGAUUGUCCCAUUGCCGCAAGAUGGUCGGGAGUUCAAUCUCAUCAAGAAGUACCUGAAGAACACGCAUGCACCAACCCACAAGGAGUGGGGUCUUGAGCUGUUGGAUGUCUUUAGAGUGGACAGAGAGGGCGAAGGCGACAAGUACGCGCCAUUUAGAGAUGAGCUUCACAACAAGAUGCUUCUGUGGCAUGGUUCUCGGACAACAAAUUAUGUGGGUAUUCUGAGUCAAGGCCUGAGGAUUGCUCCCCCAGAGGCCCCAGUGACUGGAUACAUGUUCGGCAAAGGUAUCUAUUUUGCGGAUUUGGUCAGCAAGUCUGCGCAGUAUUGCUACACAAAUAAAUCGAACCCCGUUGGACUGAUGCUUCUGUCAGAGGUGGCUCUUGGCGAAAUGUAUGUCAGAAAGCAAGCCGAGGUCAAGCUGCAGUUUUUGCUCAAGGUUGGGUUCAAGUACAAGAGGUGAAAGAGGGGGAAUGAUCCUCGAUGAGACGGCGGCUUCUUCUUUUCAGCAUUCUCUGCGGCGGUAAUCGUCAUCCUCCGAUCUUUUGGCCUGUUUGUAAUUCUUGAUGGAACUUCGCUUCGUUGAUCAGGGUUUGAAUCCCUGGUUAGUCCGGACGCCUGCCUGUGGCGCAAAAAAGAGUCCGAGUCCGAUGCAGGCAAAGAAGCUGUAGUUCUUGGUCCAGGUCAAGAUCAGAUUUUCAUGUACACCAAUUGCUCCGCACGUGGCGCGAAAGAGAGAAAUUCUGAAUUGUGAACGGCAUUGACCAUUGACCAGGGUUCAAACCCUAAACCCUUGGUCCAAAACUGUGGCGCAAAAGCAGUCCAGCCUGGUCCGUUUCUGGCAAAAGAGAGAGCAAUUCUCAAUUGCACGGCGCUGACCAGGGUUCAAACCCUAAACCCUAAACCCUGGGUCCAGAACUGUGGAUCAAAACCAGUCCACUCCAUUUCCUGCUGGGCGCAAUGCAGGCGAAGUUGCAGUGGUUCUUCGUUCAAGGCCAGGUCGGAUUUCAUUUCCUGCUGCUGGGUGCAAUGCAGGCGAAGUUGCGGCGGUUCUUCGUUCAAGGCCAGGGGUCGGAUUUCAUUUCCUGCUGGUGGGUGCAAUGCAGGCGAAGUUGCGGCGGUUCUUCGUUCAAGGCCGGGUCGGAUUUUUAUCUACAACAAGAGUCAAACGAGAGAGCGAAGGAGAGGAGGAAGCAUGGGUGCAGGUGGUGGCGGCAAGGUCGUUGACUAGCUAGUUGUAACUACACAAUUUUUUUUAUUUUACUUUUUUUUUUUUUCUGUGUUUAGACUGUGUAGAGUCUCUACGAGUGUCAGCUACCGAUUGCGUCUUCAACUUUGCUAUUACGCAGGUUUCGUAUAGCGCGGACAAUUUGUGCCUUCUUGGAAGUUCUAUGAGCUGAUUUAGCUUCUACCAUUUUGUCAGCGGUGUUCUGCUCGGACCCUAGAGAGAGAGAGAGAGAGAGAGAGAGAGAGAGAACUCGCCACCGGUGUUGCCGGCAUUGUCAGGGAAAACUGUUUGGAAACUGGUCCGUGUGAAUGUAGUCAGGUUCGUGGCCAGAUUCAUGCUUACUGAGGGCAAAACUAGCAGCAGUGGUCCUUGCGAAUGUAGCAAGGAAAGCGGAGUAUGUUCAGGGUUUCGUGUAG